CCUUGGGAGGAGUCCGAGAUGGUCAGCUUCCACUAUCACUUAGAGCAUUGGGCCGAGAUGAAACAACGGCGUGCUAAAGGGAUAAAGGAGUCGAUCUUCUUCAAGCUCCUUAUCAACCACCUCUACCUCCGUGUCUUGGUUGAUUGUGGUGCAACUACUAAUUUCAUGUCUCCACACGGGGUACGCAAGGUGGGCCUGGGAAUGAAGCAAGUGGAGUUGCAGACCCCAUGUCGGACCAAGUGGGUGCACAAGAUCGAUCUCAAGUCUGGCUACCACCAGAUUGAAGUCGAUCCUACAGACCAGCACAAGACUGCAUUCAAGACUCGCGAUGGGCUUUACAAAUUCACGACCUACAACAGACCUACCUACCACUGGCGGUUCUACAGGUCGCAGGUUCAACUCUUCAAGUUGACGCAGGUAUUGUACACAGGCGUUAUCUUCCUUGAUGGCCAAGAUAUCAGGGAGUUCACUCUCAGGCGCCUCCGCCAGCUUGUAAGCAUCGUUCCCCAGGAAACGGUUAUCUUCACGGGGAAUGUGAUCACAAACAUCGCUUAUGGGGAUAUGUCACAAGAUAUUGAUGUUGAGGCAGUUGCACGUGCUGCCAGACUUGCAAAUGCUCAUGAGUUCAUAGAUCGUCUUCCAGAAAAAUAUGUGACUGAGUUGGGGAACCGUGGGUCAUCGCUCAGUGGAGGUCAGCGACAACGGUUAUCUAUUGCAAGGGCAAUUUACCGGUCACCAACAGUAUUGGUAUUGGAUGAAGCUACUUCCGCGCUUGAUAAUCAGUCUGAGAAGCUAGUAAGAGAGGCACUGGAGCAUCUGAUGGAGGGACGGAUGGUCCUGGUCAUCGCUCAUCGUCUAGAAACCAUCCGGAAUGCAGAUUGGAUUCUAUAUAUGGAGGGUGGUGAGAUAUUAGAGGAGGGUAAACAUGACGAGUUGCUUUCUAGGGGUGGACGAUACUCAAUACUGUACGAGCAACAAGCAUCUCCAGGUGCUGCUUAUGGCUCUCAGGGGGAACAACUGAGCCUCUAUUAACGCAUGCGGGGUAGAAGAAGUCACCAUCCAASCAAAMACAAAGAUSCCAACAGCGAUGGGACUAYGACUAUGAUAGCCAAUCAAGUGAGCUGCCACCUGAAGUCCGCUUGGGGCACAAAGGAGGACUUACCYGUUUGGCAGGGAAUUGAAUAUGUUCUCGGUGUCUCUGUGGUGUUGCUGUAUUUGGAACACCCCUGACAAAGUGGUGACGUCUAGCAAGUAGUCAGUCAUCCAUGUGUAUUCUUUGGCUCUUAGCUCCACUGGAAGAUUUUUGAAAAUGCGGAUGGUAGCUCCUUUGCUUGAGGGGGCUUCUAUUUAGGGUAGGGGUGCAGAGUGAUAUUCUGGUAAUGAAGACCUGCUGUGGGA